AUGUCGACUGCCGUGGCAUCUUCUGCGAUCGCUCCGCUGCCACCACUGGAUCGAAAUCCCAGCCCAAGGGCCUACGCUCCAUUGGCCCCUUCGGCCAGUAUACCGCCGAGAGAGAAAGCGUCCGACGCUGCAUCAAAUUCAGAGACAAAUGGUGCCAGUAAUCCGAACGAGAAAACCCCUUCGGAUGGCAAAAGAUCUCCGAGAUCAGCCAGGAGUUCCGGCCAUCCCAAGAUUUUCGUCAAGAAAGAGCCUCCUACGUCCCCCUCCCUGCAAGCCAGCACCCGCCACAGACCCAAGAAGUUGGACUUGAAUACAAAUACAGCGGCAAUCUCGGCCGGCCUCAACUCUCGUCCCUCGGCAACCCCGUUGACUGCCAGAGACGGGUUGACAAUGCACGAUGUUGGGUUGGCCUGCUUGUCACCCGGUUUUCUGACUGAGGACCCGGCCAUGCGGGAGCAGUUGGAGCGCAGCAUUUCUGUCCGUGACCAACAGAGAUCCAUCAUCCAGGCGAGAUUACUCAAGUCCGCCCGUGGGGAUGCGCCCGAUUCCGGAAAGACAAUCGAAGCUCCGGGUUCGGCGACCAAGACCAGUGCAGUCAACGCGAAGAAGCGACCCCCUCCAGGUUUAUCGAUUGUCCCUCCUCCAGCUGAGCGCUUUGCCAACGAACGCGUCAUUCAAUCGGCACCCUUGAAUCAAACAUUUACUGGCAGACACGAAGCCAAUGCUCCUUCAAGUAGCCAGCACUCCAACUUGUCUCAAACUUCACAUAUCCACCAUAUGCCAGCCAUGCAAAACAUCAACCGGUUGCCCCCAAUUACCGACGUCUUUGGAGCCAGCGAACUCAACCCCGGGCCAGCCCGACCACCCUUCCUCCAGACCAGCUCAGCUCCUUCUCAAAGUCAUGGGCCUCCCCUCCCUUCCCCUGGGUUCCCGCCCCAAACUGCUCAUCCCAUGUCUCAGCCACCCCACCCCACUUUCGAUCGAUCUCGCGAGUACAGAUCUGCUGAGGAGGCUGUGCACGAGAUGACAGGAGGACGGGAGGAGCUGCUGCCUAAGAUUGUCCACUAUGGAGGCCAUCAGCCACCAACACCUCCUUCACCGCACCCUGGCUAUAACGGUAAUCUCACACCGCAUCAAUAUCAGCCCAACAGUCAUUCCACAAGCAAACGGAGAAGUCGAAAUGAGUACGAAGAAGGAAGCAGUCCGCCUUUGGGUAGUGGACGGGAACGAAUUCCCUUUAGUGGGCCUUUUGGUGAAGGAAGAGACAGUCCGGCCACGCAGAGAGCGAAGAAGGAAGAGUUCUUAAGUUUGUGCUCGAGGGCCUGGGACUUGUUCCACUCUUGA